AAAAAAGCCGGCAACAGGGUAAAAAAAACCCCAUCAUCAACCAGUCAACCCAUCACGAUUUUUUUCUCAGUUUUACUAAAACGAGAAAACGGCGUCGUUCAGAAACGACACCAAACAGAUUUGCAUUUUGCAGUCCCUGGUCAGCUCAAUGUUAUGAACCCUACUCUUGUCCGUUUGUUCUACCCGUUAACCACUUCCAUUUCAUAAGAAAAAAAAAAAAAAAAGAAUCAUCAGCUCCGGCGGACUCAUGGCGGCGCUCAUCGGAAAUCCGCUGAUCAAGGCAUUGAUUGUUCUUUUCUUGGUGUCAGUAGCUACCGCCACCGGCGACGCCCCCUUUAUCGUCGCUCACAAGAAGGCAUCGCUCAAUAGACUCAAAUCCGGCGCCGAACGCAUCUCCGUCUCCAUCGACAUCUACAACCAAGGGUUCUCGACGGCGUAUGAUGUGAGUCUUGUUGAUGAUAGCUGGCCCCAAGAUGCAUUUGAUUUCGUCAGUGGUAACACUUCACAAUCAUGGGAAAGGCUUGAUGCCGGUGGUCUUCUAUCACAUUCAUUUGAAUUAGAGGCCAAAAGACAAGGAAUGUUCUAUGGUGCCCCAGCAGUUAUUACUUUCCGCAUUCCCACAAAGGCCGCGCUACAGGAGGCAUAUUCAACUCCAAUCUUGCCCUUAGAUGUCCUUGCAGAAAGACCUCCUGAGAAGAAGUUUGAGUGGGCUAAGAGGUUGCUAGCUAAGUAUGGGUCUCAAAUCUCUGUGAUCUCAAUUGUGGUUCUGUUCAUCUACCUGAUCGUUACCCCAUCAAAAUCCAGUGGUGCAAAAGCAAGCAAGAAGCGCUGAGUAUUGUAGCUGAGCUGAGAAAAACUAAAUUAAUGGCCUGUCUGCACUCAAUGCAUGAGCCUUUCUUUCUAUUUGCAGUUAAAACAGGGUUUUCCUUCAUUUUUUAGAACCUUUGUCGUCGGGAUUUUUCUAAUUAAAUGGUUAUUAAAUGAGUUUAGUGCAAGAUGAAUCAGCUGAUUCUUACGGCCUAGGCGUAGGCUUGAUAAAAAAGGUGAUGUGAAGGAAAUAAUCUGUGACAAUAUUGAAAUUUAAUGCUUCUACUUAUCUUUUCUAUUUAA